AUGGAGGCCUUCUUAGGGCAGCUUGAGGAAGAGCUCAAGGACAAGGACGAAACGAUCAAGAAUCUGCAACACUUUUUCGGGGUCGGUCUCAGAACACGGCAAAUAUGUGGAAUGUGCGCGGAGGGUUCGUCUGAGGAAGAACGAAUGCUUUGCCUUAACGCUUCAUUCCGACGCAGGAUACCACUUAUGCAACCCGCUCUGUAUACUGUCGCCGAAGCAAUUAAUAAUCACCACUUUCAAUUUGGCGAGGCUUCUGGAUGGACUUGUAACCAAUGUGAGAUAUCCAAUCGGAAUAAAAGCACGAUGAAACCCAUCCCUACGAUCAUGCAUAUCAGCCACGUCCCGCUCAGCGUAGAGGAUACUCUGACCUUUCCAGCAUAUUGGCAGGAUCCGAAUUUCCCUAGCAGGCAAGGUGUCCGAUAUGAGCUCUAUUCCAUCAUCUUCCAUUAUACUAUUACCCCGGAUGCUGACAGAAACAUUUAUGGUGUCAGCAUGGUCAAGGAUGACUGGGAUGUUUGUGCAGUCAAGGGACCUAGUAAUAAGUGGGCGCUGAUAAAAGAGAAUGAGAACAAACACCGCGCUUAUGUGCUUUCCUACCGUCAUCUUCCUCUCAACGGACAGUCCAUGAAUCGCGAGAUGCGCAAGAGUGGAAUUAGUGUUCUCGUGAAGGAAACCAUAUACAUCAGAGACGGCGUCGAGUGGACUUUCCAUAAACGCCUACCAUUUCCUGCUGAAGUUGGCCAUCUUGUUGAACUGAAAGACAGGGCAAGGGUCCACCGGGCCAGUUUUAAUGUCGUACUUACGUCUGAAGCAACUGGGGAGUUCCUCGAAGGAGAAGCAGCCAUUAGCCUCACGCCGAAGAAGAGAAAAUUUGAUAAAGCCGUGGCCGGGCCUCCAAAAAAGCGCGGGCGCCCAUCGAAAGCUGAAAAGGCGUCUAAACCGGGUAAUCGUGCUGGCAAAGAAGCUACACCUGGUCCAAGCAAAGCAACAGUGCCAACAACCACAUCCCCAAGUUAUACAAGACGCAUUAGCGUUAGACAAGCCACCAAUUCUGACCUGGCAGAAAUGGUGGAAUCGCUGGGCGAAAACGAUUCAGACCUCAACGGAGAUGAUAGGCUAAGGAGAGGGGAAACAUUGAAAUCCUCAGCCUCCAAACGAGCAGCAAUCCAACCUGUAAUGAAAAGAGGUGAAAUAUAG